GUUGGCCGUGGCACGUAUGGACUCGUUUUCAAAGCGAUCCCAAAGACGCAAAACGAACGAUAUCCGAAGAAAGAAUACGCGCUGAAAUUGAUUGAAGGGAAUGGCUUCUCGACGAGUGCUUGCAGAGAAAUCGCAUUGUUGAGAGAACUCAAACAUCCAAAUCUUAUCCGAUUGCAACGGAACACGAUUUAUGGCAUAUCAUCAAAUAUCACCGGGGUGCUAAGGCCAAAAGCAACCAGUCCUUGUGCCACGAGGAAUGGUCAAAUCCGUGUUGUAUCAAAUAUUGGAGGGAAUUCACUACUUGCAUCAGAAUUGGAUAUUGCACAGAGAUCU